AUGGCGGCUCUGCCCGGGGUGACCUUCUUUCCGACCACACUCGUGGGACCAAUUAUGGAUUCUUUUUCACAAAAAACCGGGGAGGGGGGAAACGAGCGUGAGGUGGAGGUGCGCGGGCCUAUCGUGCGCCUCAAAAGAUGUACAGAGCCGGUGUCGCGGAGGCAUUCGGCAACACGCGGCAAGAAGAGGACCGCAGCGGGCCUUGGUGAGUGCGAUGAGGGGGAGGAGUCAGAUUUCUCUGUCUCCUCCCACCACUCAUCGCAGAGUGUCCCGGGCUCGUCGUCAGCGAGGAAGAGAGGACGGCCGCCGACGACCGGCGAAUAUGUUGGCCUCGCAGAGGCCAAACUUAGGCUGGCCGAGGCUUCGCAGCUGGAGGCCGAGGCAAGGGAGGUGGCGGCGAUAUUCGACCCGGGUGCCCCCGUGCCGAGACCAUCGCGGUCGAGCGUCCCGCUCCCGGACGAGACGGAUAUCGCGGAAAAUUUCCGCAACCGUCCGACGCGGGAUGUCGCGGCCGCUAUAUUGGAGAGCCUGGAUGAGGUGGCCAGGAUCUCAGGCGUUUCGAAGGGGCUGAAGGGCAACUUGGCCCGCGCCCUGAGGGUGGCUGCCUUAAACGGCAGGGUAGGGGUGUCGGAGCUGGCAGUGAGGUCAGCUACCGACGCCACGCGUGUCCUGGAGGCCGAGAAUGCCGUCCUCAGGGGGCAAAUGACGGAGCUGCAGGCGGAGGUGGCCCGGCUCCGGCAGGUGGUGGAGGCGAGAACGGCUGCUGCCGCAAUGCCUCCGCCGCCGCGCCCGGGAGAGGGCUCAGUAUCGCCGCCGAUCGUCGGCGCCCGGGAUUGCCAUCGCUCCGGGCAAGAAAAGUCCUCGCCACCACCAGCGGCUGCGCCCGCAGAUUUUCUGGCGCAAAUAGGCGCCCUGAUAGACGCCAAAUUGGCGUCAUUCAGGAGGGAGCUCGCGCCGCGAACGGACUCGGCCAUGCGAUCGGUGGCACCUGGGCCGUCCGUCCCCUCACAGUCUUCGGACAGGGUGGGGCGGAAGGCGAAGAAGAAGAAGAAAGGUGGGAAAGCUGGGGCGGCUAAAGCGGCCCAGACGGAGCCCGCUCGACCGCGAGCAGAAUUGGCCCCACCCUCCGCCGCGCCUCCACCCCAGGAGGCGUGGUCCCAGGUGGUUGGCCGGAAGGCCAAAAAGGCGGCUGCCAAGGCCACUGCGGCCGCGAAUAAAAAAGGACGGGUGGUCCCGGCGGCCCCCAGGAAGACACCCCUGCCUCCUCGACCGCCACGCACAGCAGCGGUUACCAUAACGGUUCCGUCUGGCGUGGACAUUACUUACGCGCAGGCGAUGGCCACUGCCAGGUCCAAGGUGGACCUGGCAGAAAUUGGCAUCGCCUCGCUGAGGCCGCGAAGGGCGGUGACUGGGGGGUUAAUUUUGGAGGUCCCUGGCACCGAUGGGGCCGCCAAGGCCACCGUCCUCGCCACAAAAGUGGCGGAAGCGCUGGCGGGAACCGGCGUAAAGGUCGCGCGCCCGGUCAAAAAUGUCGACCUUAAGGUGCGCGGCCUGGUCGAUUCGACCACGCCGGCGGAGGUCGCUGCGGCUGUUGCCCGCGUGGGCGGGUGCAGCGAAGGGGACAUCAAUACCGGCGAAAUCCGGUCUUCCCCCUCGGGAUUGGGCACCCUCUGGGUCCGAUGUCCUGCCGCGGCCGCUCGCAAGGUUGCUGUCGCGGGCCGGAUAACCGUCGGCUGGACACAGGCAGCCGUGGAGGCCCUGAGUGCCCGGCCUCUGCAGUGUUACCGUUGCCUUGGUGUUGGUCACACCAGUCAGCGGUGCACUUCUGCCAAGGAUAGGUCCGACUGCUGUUACAGAUGCGGCAGUCGGGACCAUAAGGUGGCAGCCUGUACGGCCACGCCCAAUUGUCUGCUUUGUACGGGCGCGGGCAAGCCGUCUGGUCACCGCCUCGGCAGCCGGGCAUGUCCUACCAGUGCGAGGCGAGGCAAGGGAGGCGGCCAAAGGCCGUCUGCCAGGAUAAAUAAUAAAGGGAGGAAAACCACGAUGGCCAAGGCAGUUGUGGCGAUUGUGGCGGUUGUGGCGGUUGUGGCGAUAUACGCACCUCCGAGGAGGUCCCUCGAGGAGUUUGAGCAGUAUCUGGACGGGGUAGGGAGAUGCGUCUCCCGCUGCCAUCCCCGUCCGGUGCUGGUCCUGGGGGACUUCAAUGCCAAGGCCACGGCUUGGGGUUCCCCCGGGACUGACUCGAGGGGCCGGGAGGUGCUGGAUUGGGCGACGGGACUGUUUAUUGUGAAUCCGGCCACCACGAAAGUGGCGCUGAUAUGUUUCCUCGUCAAU